CGCUUGACCAAUCAUAGCGAAGGAGGAGGCGGGACUUGACGUUACCAAUGAGGUGGUCGGAGCUCUGCCGUACAUGGUUAUCGGAUGAGAAAGAAGAGCAGAAAGUUUACAGCUCAUGAAACUAACAGGAUGAAUGGGACAGCUUAUUCCAACUUUGACAACCAGGAACAUGUCUUGAAGUUAGGAGAGACGUUUGAGAAACACCCUAAAAGUGCCUACCACACGGUGCGAUAUGACUUCAAACCAGCCUCCAUUGACACUGCUUGUGAAGGGGAGCUUGAAGUGGGCAAAGGAGAGCAAGUCACCAUCACGUUGCCCAACUUAGAGGGUUCAAGUGCUCCAGUAACAGUCUUCAAAGGAUCCAAAAGGCCGUACAUGAAAGAGUGCAUCCUCAUUGUGAACCAUGACACAGGAGAGUACAGACUGGAAAAACUCAACAGCAAUAUAGCUGUGAAGAAGACCAGGGCUGAGGGCAGCAGUAAGAUCCAUUCUCGCCUGGAGCAACAGACCAGCCGUCUGAGCCAGCAGAUGAAGGGUAGCAGCAGCAACAGCAGCAGCCACAACAAGUCUUCAGCCAGCUCCAAGAGUUCUCCUCCUAAAGAGAAGACAUCCCCGGCAUCCCCCAUGGACGACAUUGAGAGAGAGUUGAUGGCAGAGGCGCGGGUCAUGGACCAGCUGAGCAGCGGUGACAGCGACUCAGACUCCAACAGCUCCUCGUCGUCGAGCAGUGAUGACAGCUCCAGCAGCAGCGACUCUGAGGAUGAACGGACUUCUGCGCCGCCCACGGCCAACCACAGCAUGCCUAUCAUCAACACCAGCGUUAACACCAACAGCCGCCACCAGGAGAGUGGAGGAGGACUCAUGAACACUCUCAAGAGUGACCUCCAGCUGAGUGAAUCAGGCAGCGAAAGUGACUGAACAACCUGAGGACGUCAGCCUGCCUGUGGACAUCAGGAGGAUUUCCAGUGAGGAAUAAAGGACCUGGGCACACAGCUGUCAGUGUCUUGCUUCCUUUUAAUGUGGGACUGUCUUCUCUACAUAUCCACAAUUCUACUAGCAAAUUUAAUUUGUUGCUUCUUGGCCAACAAAAUUCAUUUUUCUGUCAUAUUUUUUGCUUUGUGAUCUUUAAUUUUUGUGUGUGAGUGAUGGCUGCAUGUUAAGAAGAUGCCUUAGUUCAGAGAGACGUGGUGUGGUUGGUGUAAGAGAAGCAGUAAAUUAUGACAAUUCUAUUUUGUAAUGUUUCAUCUCACUUGGAUGCACAUGUGUGGUUAAACUGACCAAGCGUGACCAAGCAUAUCAGAGGCAGAGCGACAGCGGUGUUCAUGUGUAGGUGGAUUUCUGCCCACCAGUGAGUCCACCGCUAGAGUUUCUGCAUUUCAGCUCAGUAGUUAGAAACUUUAGUUGUGCCUUAGGUCAGAUGAUUGUUACUAACUUCAGUUCAGCAUUUGUUUCUCUUAUGAGACAUUAAUCUGCCAGGACAGGAAUGAAACUUUUUGUGAGGAUGAGCCACAGUGACACGAGAGAGUCUUCUGCUUUUGUCUCAUAGAGUUAUUGUGGAGUCAGCUGUAGAGGCUUUCACUUUGGAUUACUGAAACCCAGCUGCAGGACAACCAAAUACUUCGAUUUAAAGCUGCAUAAACUAUUUUUCUGGACACUUUGGAGGCAGUAGAAUGAGCUGAAAACACAAUAUUUAUUCUAUUCUUCUUGGAAAUAUGUUCUUACAAACAGUAGCUCAUUUACAGUCACAGAUAAACACAACAUUCAUUUUUGGUUGUGUAUCUUUCAACCUGAAGAAUGCAAGUCAAACAUUCACUCUCUUUAAGCUCUGCUUUGGUCUUGGUCUGCUUUGGUCUGGGUAUUUAGGUGCUAGAUGCUCCACUAUGUUCAUCAGCUAGCUGCUAACUUUGUAUGUUUGCUAUGACUGGAAACAGGGUUGAUGAGAGCCUGUAGAGUUUGUAGGUGGGUGAUAAAUAUCUGUGAGACCCCAUUAUCUUAAUAUAAAAAUAUUGAUUAUUGCAACUUUAGGAUUAAGAUGUCUCUAAAACCUUGUUUGUGAUAUACCAGUCUAGAGGUGGGUCUGAUUUCUGGUGUAGUGCAUUAGCGUUCAGUCGGGGUCAUGCUUUAUAGCUUUAAACCUGCAAUACUUGAAUCUAAUUAAUUAUUUAUAUGUCAAAAUAUACUCGACCAACAGUGAAUUGCUUAAUAUAUUUUAUAUAUAUUUUAAUAGCCAAGCAAGUUAGUAUGAACUGUAUUGCGUAACAAGCCAGACGCUUUGAUACAAUGUGAGUCUUACAGAACUUCAUGUGCCUUUUUUUUGUUUUUUGCCUCGGCCAGUCAGAACGCAGGCCGUCUUCUUGUUUUGUCACGAGCCCCACAUCACAGCUCAGCUGUCACAGCGUACAGGAAGCUGCUGUUACUGUUCCAGCAUUUCUUUGGCAUCCCAGCUGACAGUGAGAGACUGAGAUGAAGAUGUCUUUGAAUUUGAAAAGUCAAUAUGUUUAGCCUUAAGGUGGCCUCGGAGCAUCUUUUGUAAACUAUUUGAAAGAAAUUUCUUUGUAGAAAAAUAAAGAUUUUAACAGUU